AUGUCCAAUCAGAAGGCUGUCACCGUGACCCAGCCCAAGACGGCUGGCUUGGUCACUGAUCGCGCUAUUCCCAAGCUCCGUGAUGAUUACGUUCUCGUGAAGACAGUCAGCGUGGGUUUGAACCCAAGUGACUGGAAGCACGUGGAUUUCCUCUCUCCUCCCAGCGUCCUGUUGGGAGGUGAUUACUCUGGCAUUGUCGAGGCCGUUGGCAGAGACGUCAAGCUACCCUGGAAAAAGGGAGACCGUAUCUGCGGUUUCGCCCACGGUGGGAAUUCCGUGCAAGCCGAGGAUGGUUCUUUCGCCGAAUAUAUUGUCGUCAAGGGUGAUGUGCAGCUCCGAAUUCCCGAACAUCUGAGCUUUCAGGAAGCUGCUACGCUCGGAGCAGGCAUUCAGACUAUCGGCCAGGCAUUAUAUCAGACUCUAGGUCUAGCUCUACCGAGUCAACCUAUCAAAGAUGCGACUCCUAUUCUUAUCUAUGGCGGUUCUACCGCUACGGGCACCCUCGCGAUUCAGUUCGCUAAACUCUCCGGUUAUCAGGUGCUCAGUACCUGUUCGCCGCACAACUUCGACCUUGUCCGUGCUCUUGGCGCUGAUGCUGUCUUGGAUUACAAGGACCAUGAGUCCGCCGCUCAGAUUCGCAAGCAGACCAGGAACGGUCUGAAGCUAGUCUUGGAUUGUAUAUCGCUUCCUUCCAGUGUUUAUUUCUGCAACCAGGCACUUUCAACGGAGGGUGGCGAAUACCUCGCACUCCUGACCGUGAAAGUCAACCGCGCCAACGUAAACAGUCGAUUUGUCCUGGCCUAUACAGCCCUUGGCGAGGCCUUUGAGUUCGGUGACAUGUCGGUUCCCAUUAAGCUAGAGGAUUUCGAGCACGCCAAGAAGUUCACUCGAUUGGCUCAGACUCUUUUGGAUCAGGGCAAGAUCAAAGUCCAUCCCCCUAAGGUGGGGAAAGACGGUCUACGAGGUGUCUUGGAAGGAAUGGAGCUUCUCAGGGCCGGCAAAGUCAGUGGUGCGAAGUUAGUGUACAAUGUUGAGGAGACGCCUUAG